AUGUCUUUGGAACCCGCAACUACUGCUAAAGUGGUGCUUUACACCAGUAAUAAAAAACUAGAAAUUGAGCUUUGGGCAAAGGAGAUUCCCAGCUCAUCGAUGGCCUUCAUCCAGAACUGUCUCAAUAAAACAUACACUGGCCAGACUUUCAAUCGAGUGCUCAAGAAUUCCUUGAUACAGUCUGAUUCUAAAGAUCCCAAGUACUUGCUCAAUCUUGAAAAACACCCAAGGCUAAAGUUUAGCAAGCGAGGGUUGGUUGGACUAGUAGCUGAUGAUGCUAGUAAGUGCACUGCAGAUUCUUUCUUCAUAACAUGCAGGGACACACCGGAGCUAAACGCUAGCCAUACCAUUAUUGGUAAGAUUGCGGGAGAUUCCUACUACACUGUAGUAAAUAUAAACGAUGGUGAGAUAAAGGAUGGCGAUUUGCCAAUUCAUCCUGUAGAAAUAACAGACUGUGAAGUGAUAGAGAAAUACUUCAAGGAUCUUGAGCCUCAACCACAAGAAGUUCCAGAAACUCCGAAGAAAGUAGAGCAAAAGAAACCAAAGAAGUCAAAAGUGAAAUUGAACUUAGAAUUCGAAGAUGAUGCUGAGGACGAUGGGAGCUUCCAGAUAAGAUCGGCAUUCGAAAGAAGUAAGAAAGAUAAGGAAGAAAACACAAAUGAAUCGCAUGUCAACCCUGUGACAGUAGUGAAACAGUCCGACUUACAGAAUGACCAAGCAGAAAAUGACCCCGUUGAUGAAGAAACUAAUGGGUCACAUAAAACAAAUGGAGCAGCUGAAAUAUUUCAAACUGGGAUCGACGAGCAGUCUCCUGAAGUGAAUGAAACCAAAGCUUCGUCCCAUAAACUAACACUAGUCCGUGAUCCAACGGUGGACUCAGACUUCGAUCCGUACCUCGAUUUAUCAGCGGAAGAGGAUGUAGACCCAGAACUUAUAUUCCAGCAUACAUUUAAAGCAUCUACUUGA